UUUUUUACGGCUGGCAUGGGAUCCUAUAAAAUAGCUCAACUUUCGGUAUUCACUUCAAAACUUUGCCCCAUUGUCUUCUCUCUUUACUCUCUCCUUAUCUUUCAAAAGCGCUCUUCUCCUUCUCCUUCUCCUUCAAUUCUUAUUUUCCUUCGUUCCUUUCUCUGAGAUUUUUUCCGGAGAAAUAUCAGUGAGCAAGCCUGGUUAAGUUCUUACUCUGUUAAGUGACUGAGAAAAGCUCUGUCCGGUGGUUUUUUGGGGACAUUCUCUGUCCCUUUUCCGGUGAAGAUAUUUGCUUUGCAGUGUCUUCCUUUUUCUCUUUUGUUCUUCUACAACUUUCACCAACAAAAAAUUCUUUUCCUUUUUCUCCCCUCUCCUUUUUUCUCACAACUUUACUUGAAAUUUAUCUUCCUUUGAUCAACUUUUGGGUAUACCUUUGAACCCCGCCUAAUGCUGGAUUUCUCUCCAUAUCAAGCUUCUCUUUAACGUGUUCUUUCUUCAGUUUUUCUUUUCUUUUUAACCCUUUAUUCUCCUCGUGUCUUGUUCUGAAGGAAUCUCUUCUUUUUAUUUCACUACCUACUGUCACUCUCAAUGAGAAGUGAAAGAAUCUGAGAACCCAAAAAACCCAAAACGAAGAUUGAGAGAAAAAUGGAUGCUUGCCCUGUUCCUUCAAUCAAAUAUGCAGAGCACCGCAACAAAACCAAGCUCUUUUCACCAUUGUUAAAUGCCAGAGUCGAAAACCAGCCUGAAAUGAAGCCUCGAAUCGUUCGGAUUACUGUUACUGAUGCUGACGCCACUGAUUCCUCUAGCGAUGAAGAAGAAAAACCAAGAACCCGAGUUUGUUCCCGGAACAGAGUGAAGAAAUUUAUUAACGUAAUAACUAUCGAGUCAUCAUCUCCCACUAAGAACGACGUCGUUGGCAGAAGUAAAUCAUCGUUAUCGUUGUCUAGAGCUCGUAGAAAAAGGCCAGCAUCUGUUGCUGUGGGUAAAGGUAAAGCACCGGCUAGGGUGCCGGCGGGAAAGAAGUUCAGAGGGGUGAGGCAACGACCGUGGGGAAAAUGGGCGGCUGAGAUUAGAGACCCUCUAAGACGUGUACGGCUUUGGUUAGGCACCUACAACACUGCCGAAGAGGCAGCAAUGGUUUAUGACAACGCGGCUAUCCAUCUGCGUGGACCAGAUGCGCUCACCAACUUUUCGACUCCCCAACAGAACAGGUCGAUUCAAGAUAUAGCUAGCCAAAAACCGUUAUCCAAUUCAGAUUACAACUCGGAGGAAGAAUCUCAUAAAACUGAUCCCUGCUCUCCAACCUCCGUUCUUUGCUCCCACCCGCUUUCGGUCGACGAAGUCGACUCGCAAAGCUUUAAAGAACCGCACAAUACCGGAAGCGAACCUCAGGAUAUCGUCGACGAUUCUUGCUGCUUAUCGGGAGAAAACUUCCCAAUUAUCUCCGACUAUUCCUCUUUGUUUCCCGGUGACUUGUUCUGUUCGGUGCCCGAUUUAUUCGACGAUACUACAAGUCUACACGAAAGCUUUUUGAAUGAUGAGUUCGGGGACGUAGAUUUCGAGUUUGGAUUUGGUGGCUUCCAUCAUGUUGAUGACCAUUUCCAAGAUAUCGAGGAUCUGUUCGGGUCGGAUCCUCUGCUAGCUAUUUGAGAGAGUGUCUCUUAGUUUUUCCACGUGUAAUGCGACUGCCGGUUUCUCGGCAAGUUUUGCAUCGGCCGAACUGAAAAUAC